GUGUGUACGCAGUCACGGCCCCUUCCCCGCCCUCUCUCUUCCCGGUUUUCCUCUCAGCUACUGGGCCCGGUCAGUGGCAGCUUCCGGUAGGAGCGCCGUGAAGCGCGACCCCGGUCUCUGCUCCGUGUCAUGUCCUACGGUCCCUUAGACAUGUAUCGGAAUCCCGGGCCGUCGGGGCCUCAGCCCCGUGACUUCAACAGCAUCAUCCAGACAUGCAGUGGCAACAUCCAGCGGAUCAGCCAAGCCACUGCUCAGAUAAAGAAUUUGAUGAGCCAACUUGGAACUAAGCAGGACUCAAGCAAACUCCAGGAAAAUUUGCAACAGUUCCAGCACUCCACAAAUCAGCUUGCCAAGGAGACAAAUGAGUUGCUGAAGGAGUUAGGGUCCUUGCCCCUACCCUUGUCUGCAUCAGAGCAGCGCCAACAGAAGCUUCAGAAGGAGCGGCUCAUGAAUGACUUCUCGUCGGCCUUGAACAAUUUCCAGGUUGUGCAGAGAAAGGUAUCUGAGAAGGAGAAAGAAAGCAUCGCGAGAGCGAGGGCUGGAUCCCGUCUUUCUGCAGAAGACAGGCAAAGAGAAGAGCAGCUCGUCUCAUUUGACAGCCAUGAGGAGUGGAACCAGAUGCAGAGCCAGGAGGAAGAGGCGGCCAUCACUGAGCAAGACCUGGAACUUAUUAAAGAGAGGGAAACGGCGAUUCAGCAGCUGGAGGCUGACAUUUUGGAUGUCAAUCAGAUCUUUAAAGACUUAGCUAUGAUGAUCCACGACCAAGGUGAUCUGAUUGAUAGCAUAGAAGCCAAUGUGGAAAGCUCAGAGGUGCAUGUGGAAAGAGCCUCUGAUCAGCUACAGAGAGCUGCUUACUAUCAGGUAAAUGCCAAUGUCAGAGUCACUCUGUGCUCAGACUCAGUGACCCUCCAGGCUGUGCUCACACAGUGCUGCAGCUGCAGUCUUUUGCCUGAGUUUAAGCUGGAGACCGGCAGUCAUAAUUUGCAGCUCCAGUCCCAUUUUUAGUAUUUAUCUUUGCAACCAGAUAUCCAACACCAUCAAAUCCUGAAUUCUAUACAGAAGCUGUGUGGCUGUAAAGCUAAUGUCAGGAGCCAGCGUGAUGCGUAAAACUUUGUAUCCUGUUGGGGAUUUGGCUCAGUGGUAGAGUGCUUGCCUAGCAAGCGCAAGGCCCUGGGUUCGGUCCCCAGCUCCGAAAAAAAAAAAGAAAACUUUGUAUCCUAAAUAAAUGGAGGGGCUGUCAGGAGAGCUGCAGUAAAGGCCGAGCUACAGAGACAGGAGACACCACGUGGACUGCUAGCUCAGCAGGGUGCCUUAGAGCCAGCUGUGCACACAGCUCAGUGUAGGCUUUAAUCAUCAUGAAGCUGUGCCCAGGAGGUGAUUUUUAUAGUUUUAUGGCUUUUAUGAGUCUUUUUUGUUCUGUUUUUUUGAGACAGGGCCUCACUGUGUAGUCCUGGCCGGCUUGGACUUCACACUUUGUAGAGCAGGCUGGCUUGGAACUCACAGAUUCUCCUGCCUCUGCCUCCUAUGUGCUGGGAUUAAAGGCGUGUGGCAUAAGACCCUACUCUUCUUCCAGUCUAUAAUCCAGGUUUUAGAUACUAAAAAUGAUGUCCUCAUUUGAUGUUGCAUGGCUUUUUAGAAGUAGCUAGCAUUUUAGUCAUUUUCUGUAUUCCCAGGGUAGCUGUAUUUUACCUGGGAAUACGCUUGAGGAAGUUGAGUUUCAUAACGGUGUUCUUGAAAAACUGAUGAUUUUAGAAGAUUAUAUCUUCCCAGCAUUGUAGUCUGUGGGGACUAAAAGAUGUUAAUGAGCUUAUGGCAGGAAAGGAGAGCUCGUGUUAAGCGCUAACAAGACGAACACACAGUAUGAUCCAGUCAUUCCCAACAGGAAUGCGCCCAGGUGAGAGAGUAGGCGGAGCCUGGCCUGCAGGCAUGGGUCUUGAACCCAGCAUUCAGGAGGCCAAGAUAGUGAUCACUCUGGAUUAAGCUCACCUGGACUAGAGAGAGAGUACUCCAGGCCAGCCAUGACUACACAGCGAGACCUUAUCUCAACAAACAAACAAACAAACAAGACAGCAGAAAGAAAUAGAAUCUUAUGCUAACAGUCAUAUCUAUAGGUGAUUAUUUUCUUUCUACUGCUCAUAUAUUUUAUAAUGAGCAUACAAUCUGUGAUAGGUGUGAAGUAGGUUAUUAAAAUACACACCCAAGGGCCUCGGGAGAAGGCUCAGUGGUUAGAGCAAGCACUAGCCCUGGAAUCCAACUUGGUUGUGGCAGCUGCUUGUAAUCCAGCCAUGGAGGAGCGGACUGGCUAGUGUGAGGCGGGUCACAGCAGAUGUCACGUAGGACCAAGGCACAGCUCCUCUGCAAAACUGUAUUUGGGAACAGUGACACUUGCAGCACUACUGAGAACGGGCAACUUGAGAAUUUUGAGAAGAUGUUUGCAUCUUUGUGGGUGGUAAGAGUUAAUUAUAAGGGCUGGAGAGAUGGCUCAGUGGUUAAGAGCACCGACUGCUCUUCCAGAGGUCCUGAGUUCAAUUCCCAGCAACCACAUGGUGGCUCCCAACCAUCUGUAAUGAGAUCUGAUGCCCUCUUCUGGUGUGCCUGAAGAUAGCUAUGGUGUACUCAUAUAAAUAAAAUGAAUAAAUAAAAAAAAAAGAGUUAAUUAUAGGCUGGGGAUGCCACUCAGAAGUGGGGUGCUCACCCAGUGUGCAUAAGAUCCUGGGUUAAAUCUCAGCAGUGAAAUAUAAGGAUGUUCUGAAUGAUAAGGAGUCAGAUUAUGAUGCACUCUGAAUCUUAGGUAGAAAAAUGCUUACUUGUUUCAUGAGUGUCUUUAAAUAUUUCUUUCCUCAGAAAAAAUCUCGCAAGAAGAUGUGUAUCCUCGUGCUUGUCCUCUCAGUGAUUGUUACAGUCUUGGUAGUUGUUAUCUGGGUUGCUUCUAAGUGAAGUGUGGUUGCCUCAGAGCCUUCUCCUGCUGAGUUGUUUUCGAGGGCAAGUGUUUGAUGGAGUCUUGCCAGAACAAACUGACCACAGAAGAGAGUGUGUACCACAGUGUCCUGUGAUAAUUUAGCUAGAAACUAACUACUAACUAGUCCUUGGAAUUAGUGACCAUGGAGGCAGUAUUUAUCAAUUUAUGCAUAUAUUCUCUUCAUUUCUCAAAGAACGAAUUAACUUAUGUGUAUUUUCCUUUCUCUUGUAUUUUGAUUGCCCUUUAUUGCAAGUGUUUAUUGACAGUCCCACUGUGGAUAUUCUUUGUGACAGGUGACACUACAUCAUAGUACUGUCUUUUUGUAUAUACACAAACUAUACCUUUUUAUGCAUAUCUGAGAUAAAUUUCCUUCUGGAGCCAGCCUAUCAGAGUCUGAGAAGCUGUACAAUAUGCCAGCAAUUUUUAUUAUUUAACGUUUUGCUUUGAGUUUCUGAGGGGUCUGUUCUCUGUUUUGCAAGGUUUUGGCACUAUAAAUAACUGGGGAGUAAGAACACUGCACCCAUGACUUCAGAGGAAAUGAGAAAAACUUGUCAGAGUGGGCCCGCUGCCAGGGUUUGUGGGAAAGUCUGGGUUUGGGUUAAACUGACCUUAUUGUCUGCGGGUGUUGUUUACGGAGUCCAUCCUCGCACACUAAGCCAUCCCGCUCCUGGUUUAGAGAGGAUCAGUUCAUUACCAUUGUUCUAAUCAAUCAGGUCUCUCUCCCACCUGUCUGCAUAGAAGGGGGAUUCGCUCAGCCCAGCAUGACUUUGGAGAGCAGAUGAGGACUGUUUGGAAUGAUUGAGUCCCUCUCGUCCACGUGUGGCUUUCAUUCUGAUGAAUGAUAAACGCUGCUGUCAAAGGCUGAUCCAGGCCCUUGGAAGGGUUGCCUGGCUUUGAUGGCAAGAUUUUGAAAUUUAGACUGAAGUGCGGUUUAAAACUCGGUCUGUGAACCUAUUGAUAAAGCAAAGCAAAGGUUCACUUUGUAAAUAACACUGGUUUAGUGAUGUCAGAAUUAGCCUAAUUUAUGAACAAGAGAUCAAACUCUGUGUAGUUUUAGAUAAAAACAGUUUUAAUAAAAGGUUUCUGUCUUGUAUAUAAAUGUUGUCUACUGCCCUUUUUCACAGACCUAGAACAGUCAGAGAGCGUGUAAUUGGUUUGGGCUCUCAGAUAAAUGUGGAUUGAGGCCGGAAAUGUCAGCAGCACAUCCUUGGCUGACGUAGAGGAUCUGGCUGCUGUGGCAAUAUCUGUGUUUGUUCCUUCUAUCCCUCAUGCUGUCACUUACUGCUGUCCCACACUAAUGUGACCAGUGGAGAAGCAAGGGCCCAAAUGCAUAGGUUUCUCCGCACUGUUGCACCAUCCCUACUCAACACAAUAAACGUUUAAAAGCU